AUGUCAUUUGACAGAGCAGAUACGUAUGCCACUUCAGUGCUUCCACCGCAACAGGACGUUGCGGCGGACCAGAAUAGUGAAAUUGUAAAAGCUUUUAAACGUUUCAUAUUGGAGUUUAGGGUUGAUAAUGAUUUCAUAUAUAGAAACCAACUAAGAGAAAACAUCUUAUCGAAGCAGUUCAAACUCACCGUGCAUUCCGAAGAUCUUAUAUAUUUUCACGAUGAGCUACAUCAAAGAUUGUUUGAAAACCCAAAGGAAACUAUACCACUGUUUGAAAGGGCAAUCACCGAGUUAGCUAAAAGAAACAUGUAUUUAACGAACGAGGAAGCGCCUGCUAUAUUCCCCCAAUGCCAAUUAAUAUUGCUUUCAAAUGAUACAAGAAUAUCUAUAAGGGAUAUCGACUCUGAACACGUUUCAAAGAUUAUAAAGAUAUCCGGUAUAAUCAUCAAUUCCUCGAUGCUUAAUUCAAGAGCAUCAGAAUUGACAUUAAUGUGCAGAACAUGCAGGCAUACUCUCAAAAUAAGAUCUAGUGUCACAUUAGGUUUACCUCAAUAUCCAAAAAAAUGUUUGGCGCCUCCAUCUCCAGACGGAGAUAAGCCCCAAUGUCCACCAAAUCCGUACUUGAUUGUUCACGAUAAAUCUACAUUCAUUGAUCAACAAACCUUGAAACUACAAGAGACAUCAGACAUGGUUCCCGUGGGUGAACUACCUCGUCAUAUUACACUUUUUGUGGACAGGUAUCUUUGUAAUACUUUAGUUCCAGGUACUAGAUGUGAAGUUAUCGGAAUAUAUGAUACUUACCAAAAAAAAGUAAGAAAUACAGGUUCGAUCAAUAAUGCCGCAAUUAGAACACCAUACCUUAAAGUUUUAGGUUUUCAAACUGAGUCUGACCUGCUAAGAUCGUCCGGUGGUAUAAGUAGGUUUUUUUCAGAAGAAGAGGAACAAGAAUUCAUCAAUUUAUCAAAAAUACCUAACUUAUAUGACAGGUUUGUAAAUUCCAUUGCUCCUUCGAUUUAUGGUAAUGAGGACAUCAAAAAGGCGAUUACAUGCCUACUGUUUGGUGGUUCCAAAAAAGUUCUACCGGACGGCAUGAGAUUGAGAGGUGACAUUAAUGUUUUGCUGUUAGGUGAUCCCGGUACAGCAAAAUCCCAACUUUUAAAAUUCGUUGAGAAAGUUUCACCAAUUUCUGUCUACACUUCAGGUAAAGGUUCCUCAGCGGCUGGGUUGACUGCCUCUGUUCAACGGGAUCCUGCAACAAGGGAUUUUUAUUUAGAAGGUGGUGCAAUGGUCUUAGCUGAUGGCGGUGUCAUUUGUAUUGAUGAAUUCGAUAAAAUGAGAGAUGAAGAUAGAGUUGCUAUCCACGAAGCUAUGGAGCAACAAACGAUUUCGAUUGCCAAAGCCGGAAUCACCACUGUUCUUAAUUCCAGAACUUCGGUUUUAGCAGCUGCAAAUCCAAUCUUUGGUAGAUACGACGAUAUGAAGGCGCCAGGUGAAAAUAUCGAUUUCCAAACCACCAUUUUGUCGAGAUUUGAUAUGAUUUUUAUAGUCAAAGAUGAGCACAAUACACACAGAGACAUGUCAAUUGCCCACCAUGUCAUGAACGUACAUACUAAUGGUGGUAAUAAUGAGGAGCAGGCUGAAGGUGAAAUCCCGAUAGAUUUGAUGAAAAAAUAUAUUCAAUAUUGCAAGUUAAAAUGUGCACCGAGGUUAACACCGGAAGCAAGUGAAAUGCUCAGCUCAAAUUUUGUAGCCAUUAGAAAAGAAGUUAAAUUGAAGGAGUCAUUAUCCACAGAGAGAUCGUCGAUUCCUAUCACUGUGAGACAACUAGAAGCGAUCAUUAGAAUAACUGAAUCUUUGGCAAAAAUGGAACUAUCACCCGUGGCAACGGUAAGACAUGUUGAAGAGGCGAUGAGAUUGUUCAAUGCUUCUACUAUGGAUGCGAUAAAAGAGGGAAACACCGACAAUCCGGAAGUUAUUGGUCAGAUCGAGAAUAUGGAGGCUGAAAUUAAAAGAAGAUUACCAAUAGGAUGGAGUACUUCAUAUAAUACUCUUCGGCAAACAUUUGUGGAGAAAGGUUCAUUUUCCAUCGAAGCUUUGAACAAAACUUUAGUUAUGCUAGAAAGGCGUGAAGUUAUCCAGUUUAGACAUAAUAGAUCGAGUGUUUUCAGAUGUGGGGUUUAG